UUAGCAACCGAGGUGACUGAGACAAUCAAAAUUAUGAAUUCAACAACAGUUGAUGACAGCAGUUCAUUUAACCAGCGUCUGUCCGCUCAGAUUACCCAGAAUGCCUCGCUUGUUGCCGUCUGUCGAAGGAGUGACUGUGUAGAAUAGACUCAGCUGCAUUUGACAUUCAUUAAGUUAUCGUUACUAUGCGACUUUAUUGUAUGAAAUAAGAUAAAAGAGGGAACGAAAAUAACAGAGGAAGGGGAAAUCUGUUGUUGUCAGUACGCCAGCAAUGCCUCUCUUCACGACCAACCCUUUUGACCAAGAUGUUGAGAAAGCAACCAGUGAGAUGAACACAGCUGAAGACUGGGGCCUCAUUCUGGACAUAUGUGAUAAGAUAGGACAGUCGCGCACGGGGCCUAAAGAAUGUCUCCGCUCUAUUAUGAGAAGAGUGAAUCACAAGGACCCUCAUGUGGCCAUGCAGGCAUUGACUCUCCUUGGUGCUUGUGUCUCAAACUGUGGGAAGAUAUUCCAUUUGGAGGUGUGCUCCAGAGAGUUUGCCAGUGAAGUCAGUAACGUCUUAAACAAGGGCCACCCCAAAGUGUGUGAGAAGCUGAAAGCCCUGAUGGUGGAGUGGGCCGAGGACUUCCGCAACGAUCCCCAACUCAGCCUCAUCUCAGCUAUGAUCAAGAAUCUACGCGAGCAAGGAGUCACUUUCCCAGCCGUCGGGUCCCAGGCUGCAGAGCAAGCAAAAGCAAGCCCUGCUUUAGUGGCAAAGGAUCCCUCCACCUCAACAAAAAAGAAAGAAGAAGACGACUUGGCCAAAGCUAUCGAGCUGUCACUGAAGGAGCAGCGUCCGCAGUCGCAGACCUCGCUGUCGAGCCUCUACCCGAACACCUCCGGCCUGCUCUCCUCACACAAGUCUGACGGCAGGAAAGUCCGCGCCAUCUACGACUUUGAGGCCGCUGAGGACAACGAGCUCACCUUCAAGUCAGGAGAAAUCAUCACCAUCCUGGACGACAGUGACCCCAACUGGUGGAAAGGGGAAACGUACCAGGGAGUGGGUUUGUUCCCCUCUAACUUCGUCACUGCCGACCUCACUGCAGAGCCAGAGAUGAUGAAGACGGAGAAGAAGUCUGUCCAGUUCAGUGAGGAAAUCCAGGUGGAGACCAUAGAGCCCGAGCAGGAGCCUGUGUUUAUAGACGAAGACAAAAUGGACCAGCUGCUGCAGAUGAUCCAGAGUGCCGAUCCCACAGACAACCAGUCGGACAGCGUGGAGCUACUACAGCUGGAAGGUGCCUGCAAUCAAAUGGGACCGCUCAUUGACCAGAAGUUGGAUGAUAUAGACAGGAAGCACUCGGAGCUGUCGGAGCUGAAUGUGAAGGUGAUGGAGGCUCUGUCUCUGUACGCCAAGAUAAUGAAUGACGAUCCAGUUUACGCCAUGUACGCCAAGCUCCAGAGUCAACAGUACUACAUGCAGCAGCCGGGCAACGCAGCGCAGCAGGUGUACCCAGGUCAGCCUGCAUCAGGUUCUUACGCCAUGAGCGGCCCCGCAGUGCAGGGUUACUCUGUUCCUAUGGAGCAGCUCCCAGCGGGCCCCCCUAUUCCUGGACAGCCGGCCCCAAGUGAUGUUCAUAUGUACAUGGGCCAGCCGCCAGUCUACGCUGCAGCUCCAGGCAGCAUGGCCCCUGCAGACAUGCAGGCCUACCAGAGUGCAGGGGGGGCCCCGGGCCCCUGCAUGACGCAGACGCCAAACUACAGCAACGCCUCCGGCCAGAGCAUAGCCCCUUCCUCAGAGAAAGCCCUGCUAUAGGGCCCCUCAGAUCCCCGUUACCCUCACACGCAAACACAUGCACCACACCUGCAGCCGUGCAUCACCUCUUAUGUUACACUUAGAUUUGUUUUAUCAUGGAAUCAUUUAAGAGUAGACGAAAGCUAUCAUUGGGCACUCGCUGUUGUUUUAUCUGGCAGGUAAAUAUACUGUUACACUUCUCACUCCAGGUGUAGGAGUGAUCAUAGAAACACACUGCGUGUUCUUUUAUCUAAGGACGUUUCACUCUUCUCCGUAUCUUUACAUGACUCGGAGGUGAAGACACAGAGGAGCCUCCAGUUGCACUUUUAUCUUUAGUUGCACUUUCUUUUAGGAUUUGUUCAUCACUCAAGCCUGAUCACUUCUAAAUCUAGACCUGAUAUCAAUAUUUGCAUUCUCCAUCUGUUUAUGCAAAACCUGCAUCUAUUGCUUCCUUUUAACAAUAGGACUAUGGGAACAUUGCGGUAAUGCUUUAUUUUAUGGGUUGGAACAUAUUUGGUACCAAUAAAAGAGGAAGUGAUAGAAAAUGUAUUUAGUUGCCCUAAUGAAGAGCUAAGAAGUAUUCAUUCAUUCAUUAGUCCUAUAUCAUUGCAAACUUUAUUUUUCGAACUGUAUAUAUUUUUGCAUGUUCAGCAAACAUGCUGUGUAAUGAUUUCAAAACGUUGUAGGUUACGCUUAUUGUAAUUGGAAGUGGAUUGAUAUGUUAUGUACAGUAUUUAACCUUUUUAAUUUAGUAUCAAAGUCCACAGUUUGUUCAUAGAAACUUCCUUGAAAAUUGGUAACGAGUAACAAUCCUUUAAUAUAAAGUGUUAACAAAAAUGCUCUGAGAUAGAAAGUGUUCCUGUAGCCGUUUCAACAAAAAGACAAAAUAUUUCUGCGAUUACUAUUUGAUCAAGUGUGAAAUACACACGGGCAUUCCUUCUCACCACCUUUCAAGAUGCACACUGGAGCUACAUACACACUACAGGCAGGUGUACAGCAUCACACACACACACACACACACAGUUGCACCAGGUGGUCCACACAUCCUCAGCAGUGUUAUCAUUGAACGUCACUGACACACUAACAUGCCGCAGCCUUCUCACACACUUAAAGCCCCUGCAGCGCUAAUCGUGUCACACAAAAAAAGGGGCGUCGACUUACUUUUUUUUUCAGAAAAAGGACUUUUAGCGAUGCUGCAAACGUUAGGUUACUACAUUCUGUAUAUGUCGUCAACUUUUAGAAGUACUGAAAACUGAAGCCACUUUGUUAUUUUGGAGGGAAGAAGAAACCGGAGGACUUUAAGCAUGCACAUGACUCCUGUAUAUACUGUACCAAACUCGUAGUGACGCCACGUGAUGAGUUCAUUGUCGGUCGGGAUGUUAGCACAGCGCCGAGUGAUUCUCUCAGCCUUGAAGGUGAACUCUGCAGUCAGGAUCUCCCCGCUGAACUGAAGGUGUAAAAGCCAAAAGGAACAAAGUGAAAUCCGCCAGAAAACAAGAUAUUUGCUCUUUUAUUUGUAUUUUCUCAACAUAAUUCACCCUUUUCAUCAAACUGCAGAGUUUUCCUUUUCAAAAUGAGCAGCUCUCCAUCCUUGUUGUCGGUUUGCUCCAUCUCCAUUCAGGCGCUGUGCUAACGGCCACUAAGGGGCGACCUCUCCGAACAGUGUCUUUAAAGCAUCUCUUUAGUCAGUGUUAAAAAAUGAAUACUAUGUUUUUUUUGUAGUGCAUUUUAAUUUAUGUUUUGAUUAUUGUUAUGCUAUUUUAAAUGGAGAAGCAGUUCAGGAUGUAUGUAUUCAGAGAAAAGUGGAAUAUGUGAUAUUCUGUCUAACUUAGUUGUAUAUUUAAAUCGCUCACAUGAGAACAUGGACAUUUCUCUCAGUGUUUGAUGCUUAUUGUACUGUAGGGUCAAAUGGUAAUGUGAAAAAAAGCUGAUCGUACCUCCCCCAUUGCAUUUCAAACCCUUUCUCGAAGCUGUCUAACACUAAAACAAAUUCUACCUGAAAGAGAACCGAAAUAAGGAUUUAUGAUUCUGGAAAGCACCGUCGACACGUGUUUCUCUAAGGAGCUCCGUUACAGUGACACCUGUGGAUCUAAUGUAGUUCUCAUACCAAACUCUUCCAUGACUUUACCUGUUUAAAGUCUUUGGGAAGUUUUUCAAACAUUGACUGGAUUGCAAGAAGUUGAAGAAACAGGAAUAUUAUUGAUCUGUUGUUUAAUAUUGAAUGAUGCUACAUGAAGGAGUUAUGAUACAAUGAACUAGAUUAUGCAGUCAGGACUAAUGUGUGUUGAUCUGAUUUGUGUGUCAUUUAAAUUUCUCUUGAGAUACUUUGCUCCUCCUUGCCACCCCUGUGCCACCUUUAAGAAUAUAAAACACCCCCCAAAUGAAGCUCUGGUACCUGGGACUAGGAGGCCAUUCAAUUCUCUAGACCUUUUCAGAUUUUAGCAUUCCUAAAGUUGAUUUGAAAGACAAGAUAUCUUUCUUUUGCUGCCUUCAACUAAAGAGUGGAGUUAAUCUGUUGAGUCAAAGAGGGCUGAAUAUAUCCGAUAUAUUGAAAGGUAGCAGCUAUUCUGGGACAGGAGCCAGUGAUUCCCCUCGUACUAUCCAAAUCUAACAUGUUGUUGCACUGCAGCCCCGCUGUGACCUGCACAGGAUUGAGAUGCCGCCUGUUUUUAAGUUUUAAACACACUUAUUGUAAAGGUUCAGUCUAAUCUUGUAUCCUGCUGUUUGUAUGUAUUAUUUUAACCAUACUUAUUAAUUGGUAUUCACAAUAAAACCAGGCCAAAUGUACAGAAUAA